UUGAGGGCUCAAGUAUAUAUACGCAGAUCUCCUAAAUACUUCAAGGUGUUUCAUUAGGUUUUUGGGAUCGGCAGCAAUGGCGGAAACAACUGGUGUAGUUGUUCGUUUUCACGAUAGCAAGGGCUACGGCUUCAUCAAGCCCGAUGAUGGCGAUGAAGAUCUGUUCGUUCACCACUCCGAGAUUCAGUCGGAUGGUUACCGGAGUCUUUCCGAAGGUCAGAAGGUUAAGUUCUUAGUUGUUGAAAAAAAUGAUCGGAAACAAGCUGUUAGUGUAACUAGUGUCGACGGAUCUAGUAUCGAAAGAAACCGUAACCGUGAUGGUUUUGGCGGCGGUCGUAGAGGCGGUGAUGAUGGCUACGGAUUUAGCCGCGGCGGCGGCGGUGGUUUCAAGGGUGGUAAUGGUAACGGCGGCGGGGGCGGCGGACGUGAGUGCUACAAUUGUGGUGAAUCUGGGCAUUUCGCUAGGGAUUGCAGAGUGAAUAGCGGCGGAGGCGGUGGCGGUGGCGGCGGCGGGGCUUGCUACAGUUGUGGUGGGUUUGGUCAUUUAGCUAGGGAUUGUAAUAGUGGGCGCGGAGGUAGUGGCGGUGGCGGUAGCGGCAGCGGCAGCGGCAGCGGCAGCGGCGGAUGUUAUAACUGUGGUGAGACAGGGCAUUUGGCAAGGGAUUGCAAAUCAGGCGGUGGCGGUGGUGGUGGUGGCUACUCCAGGUCUGGCGGUGGUGGUGGAGGUGGCUAUAAGUCCGGCGGCGGUGGUAGCUGUUACAAUUGUGGAGAACCGGGGCACUUCGCUAGAGAAUGUCCUACCGCUGCCAGUUCUUGAUACAUCAACUAACAGGUGGAUCUUUCUAAGUACAUUUGGUAUUACUUUAAUUUAAUAUUUUAGGGUUUUAUUUUUGAGCUUAUACAGAGGAACAAUCAUUAUAGUAUUUUAGUUGUGUGGCAAUCUUAUGAAUAUAUUAUGGUGACUGGCCUAGUUAUUAUUUUAACUAGGUAACGUUUUUUGGCUUA